UCUUCUCCCAUUUGUUUGCUCCUGUGCUACUGAGUUUCUUGAGCCAGUUAUUUUCUGUGGUUCCUAAAGAAACAAAUCAUUAUAAUUCUUCUCCAUUUUCAGCAACAAGAUUUUGAUGCCAACUGGCACUACCCCAUCUCAUAUUUCCCCUUCUUGCUUAUAUAAAACAUCACACAUUCUUACCUCUUUUAACAUAUCACCACCACUUCCUUCAAGUCUCUAUCUCUAAACUCCUCAUACCAAAAUCUAUAACAAAAUGGCAUCUAGCUCAAUGUCAGCAUCUAGUUCAUGGAGUGUUAAGGACAACAAAGCCUUUGAAAGAGCUCUAGCGGUUUAUGACAAAGACGCGCCAGAUCGUUGGUACAAUGUGGCUCAUGCUGUUGGUGGAAAAACUGCUGAGGAAGUUAAGAAACACUAUGAACUUCUUGUUCAAGAUGUUAAGCGGAUUGAGUCGGGAAAAGUUCCGUACCCAAAUUACAAGAAAAAUUCAGGCUCUCAAGAAGAGAAAAGGAUGAGGAACUUGAGCCUUCAUUGACGACCAACAACUGUUGUCAUCAACAACAAAACAGAUUUACUUUUUUGUUUUUUUAACCAAUCAACAAGUUUUCAAGCACUGAGGAGGUGUUUUGUCUCACACAGUGAUAAUGUAAUAGUAGCAUUAGAAUACUAGUCAUAAGAAUCAUAUUUUAUUAUGAUUCCAUUCUUAAUUUACUGUCUUCUUGUUGAAGUUGAAGCAGACUAGAAAAAAUGGCAACUGUUUCAGCUUCUUGUUCUGAA